UUGAUGUUUGUGUUGAUGGUUUGUGGUUUGUUCGUUUGUUAUUGUUGUUAUGUUUAGGUUAGUUUAGUUCUAGUUGGUUAGGUUGGUUUAUUUGAAUUUGUUUGGACUCUUGGAGCUUUAUCAUCGUGCCAUGCCUGGCUAAACUUACAUCAAUAUUAUGUAAUUGACCUACUGUCACUGUUUGUUUUCUUUAGACCUGUGUGCUUGAAUUUUAAUGAGUUAAGAUUAAUUAUAUUAUAUUAUUCUCAAAUGAACACUUGAUGAAUGUACAAAAAAGUGACGAGUGCGACUGAGAUGACCUGUGUAGCAUUGUUACUGACUAAGGAAAGUUGUUUCUUUGCCAGGACCAUUUAUGAAGAGCAUAGGACUUCUGAAUUAAAUUUUGAACCAUCAAAAGGCAACUGACUUUUCUCAGGGGCGAAUCGAACAGCCCUAUUAAAUGUUAUUAAUUGGCUACUGUCACUAUGAUGAUAAGGCCUAAUUUGAUUUAUAUGAGUAUUUUCUUUCAAACUUUUCUUCAUCAGCUAUCUUUUUUCAACAGUAGAGAAUGUGAUGGAUCCUGUGAAAAUUCCUCAAUCCAAAGAUCCAUGUACAGUAAAGAAAACAAUGAAAUUCUGAGCUCAAUACAGAAAUCAUUAAAGGAAUACAUUCCAUGUAUACACACCAAUUGUACCUGCUACAUAGACACAAUAAUUAAAGAUUUAUCAACAUUCAAGAAAGGUAUAACUGAAGCAAUGUUAAAAAAUGCCAGAAACAAAGGAACAACUUAUAAAGUGAUUGGGGGAAAGGUAUAUCGUGAUGCAGACUGCGCUUUUCCAUCACGAUGCGCAGGGGUUGAGCACUACUUGCUCAAAUUGAGCCCCAAGCUGCCAGAUCUCCAAUUGGUGCUCAACACACGCGACUGGCCUCAAAUAUCACGCUUCCAGACUCCGACUCUUCCCGUUUUUUCCUUUAGCAAGACCAAAGACGACUACUGGGAUAUUAUGUAUCCUGCAUGGUCAUUCUGGGAGGGAGGACCUGCGAUAAAGCUGUAUCCCCGAGGCCUUGGUCGCUGGGAUAAGCAUCGCCAAUCACUAGAUUACUCUAGGAAGAGAUGGCCGUGGCGUGACAAACAAGAGGUUGCAUUCUUCCGAGGCUCGCGUACAAACAGUGAGCGGGACACGUUGGUGCUGUUGUCUCGUGAGAUGCCAGAAUUGAUUGAUGCUGCAUACACAAAAAAUCAGGCUUGGAAGUCUGAUAAGGAUACAUUGUUUGCGGCUCCUGCGGAAGAAGUUUCUCUGGAAGACCACUGCAAGUACAAGUACUUGUUCAAUUUCCGAGGAGUGGCUGCCAGUUUCCGCUUCAAGUACUUGUUUUUGUGCAACUCGUUAGUGUUUCACGUUGGAGACGAGUGGCUAGAGUUCUUCUACCCAGCUCUCAAACCUUGGGUUCAUUACAUCCCUGUGAAAAGUAAUGCAUCCAAAUAUGAACUAAGGAAACUGUUGGAGUUUUUCAAGGAACAUGACGAUCUCGCUCAAGAAAUAGCUCAAAGAGGGAGAGACUUUGUUUGGGACCAUCUGCGGAACAAGGAAAUCAUCUGCUACUGGAGACAGCUGCUAAAGCAGUACGCCAAACUUUUAAAAUUUAGACCCCAGCUUGAGGGCAAUGAAAUUGAAAUACAAUAAAGCUUCUAUAGCAAACCUUUUAGAGGAUGAUUAAAAAAAACAGAACACAAUCAACCACUUUGCACAUUAUUAUUGAUCAGAGCUUUGAUGACAUGAGCAAAUUUUGAACACCCUUGAAUGUCCUAUAUUGGAAUUCCUGUUCCUUAAUAUUUAAUAACAAGUCUUUAAUAUUCAAUAAUACAUAAUAAAUAAAUACACUUCUUUAUAAAUAUUGUUCCAUUAAGCAAUCCAAUAUAAGAUAUUGAAGGGUGUAUACAAUUUGCACUUAUCAAAGCCUUGUUAAAUUAUAAUAUGCAGAAAGAUUUUGUAUAUUUGUUCCUUAGGUCGAACAAUAAAAAAACUUUGUAUUAACAUAGUCUAAAAUGCAUGGUUUUUCUGUCUGACUGUCUGUUUAGACAUCAAAAUGAAUACAUGAGUGGUGACAAAUCUGCACAUAUGAUCAAAUUUCUAUUUUUAUCAAUUAUGGAGGCCAUCUAAAGUUGUAUGUCUUAAAUAUCUUUAAAGUAAGUAAUUCCACUAAAACCGUCAAGACAAUAUUUUGUUUUCAGGCAAUUUCAUGACUAAUCCAGCGAUGGCUUUAAUUUUAAUUUGUGCAGAUCGGUUCAUAAACAGCUAAGAUGAUUUUUCUGAGAACAUACAUCACCCAGACCGCCAUGUACCUUACAGGCGUGGUACUAUUUUAUCACCACUUAUGUACUGAGUUUGAAGUCAAAUGCGGAAGGGGUUAAAAGAUAAUUGAUACAAUAUUUGUAAAAAUCACAUAUUCAGACAGACAGGAAACCAGGCAUUUUAGACCCAUUUUAGGCAUUUUAGACGUUUGGAGCAAAUUUCCCAUAAAGGGAAAAACCUUUUCCUGUAGGUUUCAUAAUAGGACCUGUACUCGGUAAUGAUUUACUUUUUGUUUUGAUAUCACCAGAGCCCAAAAACACCGUCCGUUCAAAUGUAUGUAUAGGUGUGUGUCCGUUAGCUGAAUAACACAAGUGAAAAUCAUCUGAUUUUGAUUAAAUUGACGUGUGAACCUAAGUUUAUUCUAACAGGUUUGCGAACCAGCAUGAUUGUUAGAACCAGCCAUUGGACUAUGGCAACAAUGUUUUCUGGGGGGUUAUAUGGGGUAAAUAUUGGUUUUCCCAAUUUUUUACCCUAAAAACGUAAGAUGUGUGAUUUCUUUCCAAACCAUGUUGUAGAGCUAAAAAAAAAAAAAAAAUAGUUAAGUAUAAUGAAGCAAUGUUGUAGGCCUACUUUUGAUGGUUAUGGAGAAAUCUAAAAUAAAACUUAAUUUUAAAAUUAUCAUUUUGUUUUUGUGGAUAAACUGUUGUAGGCUUUGCUUGUUUAUGAAUAUAUUUUGAUUGAAUUUGUAAAAUAUAUUUAUUUCAUACCAAUCUUAAAUAUACAUUUCAAUAUUUCAUUAAAAACACACCUAACUAUCUUCCUUGUAACAGCAAAUCUAAGUAUUCGUUAAACCUAGUAUUUUUAAAUAGGAAACAAUUCCUAUAAGUUUAUGAAAUAUAUUACUGGAAAGCCAAUCAGGCAGAUGGAAAUUCGCUUAGCAUGCAAGUUUGCUGCUGCGUCGCUAUUUUUUUAAAUUGUCCUUGUUACCUAAGGAACAAAAUAAUGUACUAUAUAAAAUCCUUCCAGGAGAGUGUAUGUUCCUUGUAUAGUGUUUAAUGGGGAUUCCUUAAUGAAAAGGUUGUAAUUAAUUAUAUUUCAAAUUUUGAAUAUGUGUACGCUAAUUUCAUUGUUUUAUUUAUAAUUGUUUGUAAAAUGAUUAAAACUGUUGAUUUUUAUCAGGCAUGGAUAGGCUGUUAAUGUUGGUUGGGUUGCAUCAGUUUUACUGAAAAAAGCUGACAUAAAACGUCAAAGCUGACAUAAAAAGUCUCUGGUUUUAGUUGUUCAAUAAUUAAUUUGAUUGUGAUCUCUGUAGUUGGUUAGGAGCCUCUAAAAUGUUUUUCAGCUGUUUGUUUAUGGCUUUCAUAAUUUAUUACUAGGGUAAUAAUGCAAUUACAAUCGCAUUAAUAUUACAUUAUUACAAUAAUAAUUUGGUAAUUUGUUUGGCACUCAUGAUUGAAUGAGUAGUACCAAGUACUCCUUAGAGUCCAGUAGUUGAGCUGAUAAAAGUGUUAUUUCUUUGUAUACUUUGUUAGGGGAGGGCGGGGU